CAGCAUUUAUCUUAUCAAUGAAGGACAUACAGACUUUGCAUGUCUGGAGCCAUGUUGAUUCUAACUCAGUUCGUAUCCCUCGUGCUGCUGGGGUUCCUGAUGGUGUUUCAACCCUACACGAUACUAGUUCAUGCUGAGUCCACGCCUCUCCUGCUGACCAGAGGUGACCCCAGAGUCCAGGUGUUCAGGAACGGACAAUGGGGGUACAUCUGCGCCAAUGGAUGGAAUUCUAAAGACGCUGAGGUCAUCUGUAGGAUGAAGGGAUAUUGGCAUGGUACUGGCACCGCUCGGAUCAUCAGGAUGGAUGGUUCAGAGAGGUUAUGGCUCGACGACGUGGACUGUAUCGGCAACGAGACCGACAUUUCCGAGUGUCGCUUCCAGGGCUGGGGGAUACCGUCAUGUCCUUCCGGGGGCCUCGGGGGCGUCAACUGUGAGGUGUCGGCACUGCCCAAUGUCCGGUUAACCAAUGGCUUCGGGCCAUGGGAGGGUCUUGUUGAGAUCUAUGAACAAGACAUGUGGCAGCCUGUCUGUACGGCGGGGUGGGACGACAAGGACGCUCAGGUCAUCUGCAGGGAACUCGGAGUUAGGUCCUCAGGGGGCUUAGCACAUCUCGACGGGAAGUACGGCCGCAGUAACAACCCGCCCAUCAUCACGUUAUCCGAAUGUGUAGGGGACGAAACGGACAUCUCCAUGUGUCCGGCCAAACUGACCAUCCCCUCACAGACAUCCUGUGUGCAGGCGGGCGUCGAGUGUUACAAUUGUGGUUACCAAUACUCCAGUGAGACAGGCACGCUUCAGUCGGACAACUACCCCCAGCCCUACCCCCGCAACGUGCACUGCCUCUACAUCAUCCGCCCCACCAACACGGGGCAACUGUACAAGUUGGAGUUUACUGACUUCAAGACGGAGUCCUGCUGUGACCUUGUACAGGUCUCCACACUUAACUCCACGUCAAGCAUCCCUGUCGGUGGCCCCGCGUACAGCGGCAGCAGCAACAAACCCCCCAUCCUCCUCGGCAAGGCCUUUGCCGUCAGCUUCGACACUGACGGCUCCAACAGCAAUGGCGGUUUUCAAGCGAGCUGGAGCCCGGCGUUGGUGCAGGAUGUCGUCAACAUGUCGUGUGACGCGGGAACCUUAAACAUCCAGAUAGACCUCCCCUUCCUGAAGCGACUCUACCCAGCUGCCUCAGAGACCACCAUAGCUCUGGCUGAUCCCUCCUGUACCGGCACCAUCAACAACGACAUCCUCGUCAUCAACACCAACGCCGCCUCAUGUGGAACCAUUAUCAAAUUAGAGGAAGACAGACACGUCUACACCAACUUCCUCGUGGACAGAAUAUUUGCAACCGAGUCCAACAAUAUUGUCCGAGGUGAGAGGUGGAAGAUACCAAUCGCCUGCUCCGUGCCUCGUUCUGAAUCCUUCUCCAUCCAUUAUAAUCCUUACCCGGAUGUAAACACGCGACGUGAAUCAGAAGUGGAGGAGACGAAGAGAAAUGUCAAAGUGACAUCGAUACUGGACUUUAUUAACAUGUCAUGCAACGCUGGAUCGUUUAACAUCCAAAUUGAUCGCCACGCCCUGAAACAACUCUACCCAGCCUCUUCAGAGAAAACCAUCGCCCUUUCCGAUCCCACAUGCACUGGCACCAUCAUCAACGACAACAUCGUCAUCACAUCUGAAGCCAACUCCUGUGGAACUAUCGUCAAGUUGGAAUCAGGGGACCAUGUCUACACCAACGUUAUCGUGGACAGAGUCUUUGCCACCGAGUCAGUCAACAUUGUCCGAGGUGAGAGGUGGAGGGUCCCCAUCACCUGCUCCGUGCCUCGUUCUGAAUCUUCCUCCAUCAACUAUCAAACGUACACGGAUACAGAUAGAAGACGAAAUGCACUGGCAGAGGAUUUGGAAGUGGAGCUCGUGAAGAGGAUGGUCACAGGUCAAAUUCGGCUCCAGCAGGAUUUCCCGACCAGCAUAACUAUCUACGAGGACAAGGCGAUGACGAUCCGACAGUUCACAACCCCACAGAAGAGACUUGGGGAAGACAUCUUUUUAAGGGUACAACUGGACCAGGCUGACUCGGACUUGAAGCUUGUGGUGACGUCAUGCUUUGCUCUACCGACAUCCUCUGAGACAGUGGGCACUAAGUACUCCCUCACCGAGGGCAGCUGCACAGUGGACAGUGGGACACACGUCCUCAGGACAACCAACCACUACACAGACUUUCAGAUGAAGGUGUUCAAAUUCGCGGGGAACUACAACCAGGUGUACAUCACGUGUGACGUCAGAGUCUGUCCGGUACAAGAUAGCUCCGCCUCCUGCCAGCAGACCUGUCAAUCACCGGGGAAGAGGAGCACUUCCAGACAGGAGGGGCGGAACAGAGUUAGGUUUGGCCCUGUCAUAAUUGAGGACUCGCCUGUCAACUGAGACCUGCCCCAACGUGUAUCGUUGUCCCUCAGGCUCAUGGUAUGAAUAAAGAUGUUUUCGUCUUUCAUAAACAA